AUGAAUCCCCCCUUAAAAGGAUGGGGCCUCAAGCACCCGGAUGUGAAGGGCGUGCUCCUGCCCUCCACCCUCUGUAUAUCUUUGUGCCAUGUCCCGCUAUUCCAUGGGCCGGUGAACUAUCAUAUAACCGCCUCAACGGACUUCCGUACAACCGCCGCCUCAACAACCGUCGUAGUCGUGUCCCGCGGGCUUCUGAACGCGGACUCGAAGAAGCAAUCCGACGGUCAGGCGGUGGUCGUGAGAGCUCCCGGUACGACAGCUGUCUCCACCAACGGAGUUACUGUCGUACAGGCACCAUUAACCGGCGUCGCGGACACUCCAGACCAGGUGGCUGUACGGAACCCGUUCGCAAUCGUGGAUGUGGACAAAGCCACCGGAGGACGGUCGAAGGUUCUUGGGGGAGCUCGUUGGGGCCUUCCGACCCGUGGGUCGUUCAAGGUCAUCAACUCAGAUGUAUGGCUCAUACCGGGAUGUAGACGUAUAAACGUAAACGUGUCCUGUACGCAGGGGGGCGGUUGUGGUGCCGGUAGUCGGCCGUAUUUGCUGGUUGAACGGGUGGCAGUCAUGUGGCGUGACACAGUGCCACCGCCUGCAGCAGCAACAGCGGGGACGAUGGCGACCUGA